GUCUUUUGCAGAGGCGUUGAUUUGAUUUGAAGGUCAUUAUGGACGAUAUUCGUCUCCUAUUUAGUCAUGUCGAUCGUCUCCUUCCGUCAUCCAAUUUCAGCGAUCCAAACCUUUCUGCUAGACUAAAUGAAUGUAUCGAGGCAUAUCUGAAAGAAUCAGCUGAUGCAAGCCUUAGAUCAGAUGUGGACGGUGCGGUAGUUGAUGAAGCUUUUUACUUGUGCUGUAUGCAUUUUCUCUAUGCUUCUGAAGACAUAUACAACAGAAAGAUAAAUAAUAACAUAUCUGAAGUCCCGUUAUUUAGUGUUCCACAGGAGGAAAAACUGUCAAAAUGCAUAGAGUUUGUCGUGGGACUUGGGAUUUAUCCUCUUCUGGAUGCAGGAGUCUCAUUUCCACUGAGCAUGCGUGUGGAAAGUUACGGAAAUUUUCUUUGUUCUGAAAGGAAAAGUGACGAGAAAAGAUUUGAGAAACUUAUGAAGAUUAUUAAGUGUCUUCUGUGUUUGCAAAGAUCAAAAUCCUUUCAACUACAACGGUUAAUCAGUAGUACUUCAUUUUUGGGGGAUUUAAUUGCAAGUUUAUUUCAAUCUGCUUACGGAAUGGAUUUAUACAUAAAAAAUAAUAAUUUUACUUCUGAAAAAAUUUCUUCACUGAUGGCAUGUGCAUGUGAAUCACGUAAAAUUCUUUGGAAACUUUUAUUAGAUCUACCACGUCAUAUUGCAAUGAAAGAGUUAAUGAUACUUCAAGGUGGAUCAUCUAGUAAUAAUAAGGUAAAAGGUGCUGUCCAGUUACCUAAAGCACCAAUUUGGUUACGAAAAUCUUGUGGGCGUCUGUUAUCUCGUUUACUGGUUCAUCCUGUAGUGGUUAAUGAUGAGGCGAAUAAUAUAAACACGUCAAAAAAUAUUCAAAAUUUAGGUGUUAAAAGUAUGUUACUUGCUUCUAUAUCACUUUGUCCUGGGAUUAUACCUUCAACUGGAAAAAUCACUUCAAUUGAUCCACGUAUACGGCCGAAAAUGAUUUCAACACUAGCCAAUAUUUUAACUACAAUUCCAGAAUUUGUUCGUUGUCCUAAUGACGGUAGUGGUGGUAAUAGUAAUUCGAAUUAUGAAAAGUAUUGUUCACUGAUUUGCAAUCAAUUGUUGGAAAUAUUGCAGUUGAAAAAUACCCUUAUGGACAGUGAAAACGAUUCAGGAGCAAUUUCACUUUUCUUCUACGACACUGCUAUCAAGACUGUGCAUGAAUUAUGCCAAAAAUUCCCAGAUCUAGGAAAGAAUUUAUUACUUUGGCCAUUGAUUGGUUCAUUGAGAGAAUUUUGUCAAAUUCCUUCAGAUAUACCAAAAGAGAAAUUGAUAACAAAUACUGAAUUAUCACCAUUUGAUUUGACUGUGAAGCGUCAACUUGCAUCACAAGAUGAAUUAGCUCGUCUAUUGGAAUACCUUAAACAUCUAUUGGACUGUCCUGAACCAUCUUCAGUUAUUGUACAAGAAAUAUGUAAAUUAUCCAGACCAUUAUUUUUAUUACUUGCACAAACUAUAGAAGAUGAAAAGGAAGCCAAUGAUGAAUCAGGGAGCUGUUAUACAUCAUUGAAGGAAUUUCUUAUCCAGAUGCUUAUUAAUCUCUUAUCGUGUAGUUCAAUCUCUCGUCUUAAUCGGUUAUCACUGAUACGCAGUUGGUUUAACCUACCACUUCCAUCUUUAGAAUUUAUGCCAUUAGAACUUCGGAAUGAAUUAUCUUCUUCGAGUAAUCCAGUCGUCGAUUUACUUUCAGCUUAUACAUGUCAUGAGAACAUGAUGUUCAAAUCAUUACCGAAAGUUCACUUUGUCGAGUCUUUUUCUUCAUCUCAAACUGUAACCGAUGUUGAUUCGAAUAAACCUGCCUCAAUCUAUGUGCCAUACACCUGUGUCCUAAUGAAUCAUAGCAUGCAUACUAUUAAUGGUAUACAGAAUUUAUCCUCUUGUAUUGAUUGCUUAAUUGUAUUAUUAUGUCGUAUGAGUCCAACACCACCUGCUACUGCUGUGUGUGAUGAUGAUGUUGAUGAGGAACACGUCAGCUGUCAUCUACGUCAUUUAAUAAGUGAAAAAGAGAAUGAAACAAGUCGUCAACAAAGUGAAAUAACUACUCAUGUAGACUUAUUUUUAAGUUUGAUUACUGAUAUACAUUUUACCUCUCAAGCUAUUUUUGAGUCAUUGAAUAAAGUUAAUAUAUCACAAGAUGAGAAAUGCUCCAUUACUGAGACUGGUACUGUUUGCGCACUGCUUGCAUCUGCUAUGCUUGAAAGCUUAGAUGAUUUAAUUUGGCCUCAGGAUGUAAAUCAAGCGUGUAAUUUAUUCCAGGCAUUGUUCAGUCGUUUCGUGUCCCUAUUACAACAUGUUGACAAUCAUGAAUAUGUAGAGUUUCUACAUGAGAUGUUAAGUCAACUAUUGGGUAUUUUAGCAUUUUAUGCUAAUAAACUUGGGCCAGUCGCAGAUAAUGGGAAGGCGAAUGCUCGUGAUGAAUUCGCUAGUUUACUGCCUGUUUUAAAUCAGUUGGAGCGUGUCAUUGAACCUAUGACAAACAGAAUGGGAACAUCAACAUUAAAUCUGUUACAGUGUAUUAAAGUUACUUUAGCUACACGUGGAGCUAUCCCAUGUAACAAUUUAUCAUCAACUGAUGAUUGUAUAAAUAAUUCAAUUGUUCCUGAGAAGUAUGAUUCAAAGGAAAUUAAGCUUGUCAACAGGCAAUCAAAGCAACCGUGUAAACUUAUCGAAGAAGUUAUCACAUCAAACAAUGAAAAUGUUGAACAACCUGUAAAUAAUCAACCAAUUGAUCCAUCUCUUCAAAAGAUUUUUGAAGAAUUACGUGAUCCUUUAAUUCCUGUUCAAGGUCAUGCACUAAUUAUGCUUAGUCGACUGUUAGAAUCCAAAGAUUCAUGUAUUACAGGACAUGAACAGCUUAUAUUUGAAGUAUUAACUAAUUAUUUAUCGCAUACAGAUAGUUAUAUUUAUUUGAAUGCUAUACGAUGCUUAUCAGCAAUGGGACGUAUUCUAACAGAUAAAGUAUUGAAUUUGUUAUUAAAUCAAUUCUGCAAAAGUAUACACCAUUCCACACAAACCACAACUACAGAUACAACAACAGCAAAUAAACAGAUAAACAUUUACACCAAUGAUGAUCACAAUAUUGAAUAUAAACUUAAACUAACUGAGUCUGUAAUGCGUAUUUUAUCAAAUUUGGGUGAUAUGGCACCAAAAUAUCGUACAGAAGUAUUCAACACUUUUGUUAUUGGAUGUAAAUCAUCUGAUGAAUUGAUAAGAGCAGCUUGUCUUUCAAAUAUUGCUGAACUUGUCCGUUUAUUGAAGUACGCCAUUCACCCAAUUAUAUAUGAGAUAUUUACGUUAAUAGAAAUUCAUCUUUGUCAAGAUACAUCACAUAUUGUUCGUAAAGCUGCAGCUUAUCUAGCUCGAUCUAUAUUUGUAUGUGGUAAUGAUGAAAAUGCUCGGAUACCAUCAUGGAUUCCUGAAGAUAUACUACGUGAUUUAAAUCGAUUAUUAUCAACGCGUAGAUCUAUUGAAAAAGAUGCCAGUGUACAAGAACAAAUUGAAGCAGCACUUGCACAAUUAGAUUUAUGCACACGGAAUACUGUUUUCUUAAAGCCUGAUAGCCCUUCAACUCUUGUUAAACAAAUACGUAUUUUAAAUCCAUAAAUUCUGUAAAAUGUUGAUUAAUACUCAUUCUUUCUUUAUUUUUCAUACUG